AUGGAUGGAAAAAAGUUAGCGGUGGUGAAGGAACUGCAUAGACCUGCCAGGAGAAAUUACCAGCGCCGGCACGUUGACGUCCGUGGAUUGGACGAGACUUGGCAAGCGGAUCUCGUUAACAUGUCAGCGUACGCCAGAGAGAACCGCGGAUACAGGUAUCUGCUCACCGUCAUCGACAUAUUUUCAAAGUUUGCUUGGGCCGUGCCCACCAAGAGCAAGAACGCUAAAGACGUAACAGCAGCCUUGAGAUCUGUACUGGCGAAGGGUCGAAUUCCGAAGAAAUUGCAUGUUGACCAAGGCCGAGAGUUUUACAAUUCCGAAUUCAAGGAUCUUAUGCAAAAGCACGAAGUCAAGACCAUACUUAAACGACCAAAGUUUAAAAUCGGCGACAGAGUACGAAUCAGCAAAUUUAAACACAUCUUCGAGAAGGGCUACACACCCAAUUGGACAACCGAAAUUUUCACCGUAAGUCGAGUGAAGAAUACCGAUCCGGUGACGUACAAUCUCAAGGACUACCAGGAUCAUUCCAUCGAAGGCGGCUUCUACGAGCAUGAACUUACCAGCGUCAAAUAUCCCGAUAUAUAUCUUGUGGAGAAGAUACUGAGGAAACGUGGAAACAAGCUAUUUGUGAAAUGGUUAGGGUUCGAUGGUUCGCACAAUAUUUGGAUCGAUAAGUCGGAUUUGUAG